AUGUACGGCAUGAGGAACCCGAUGAAGUACUCCCCAGGGGUGCUCGUGGGCAACUGGUACGAGGAAAUGCGGGUGCGCGAGGACAAGGUGAUGCUCUACCAGAGCAAGUGCGCCACGAACGGCUACCAGGGAACCCGCGAGCGUGAGGCCUCACACCUGAGCGAAACUACACGCGUAAGCGAGUUGAAGGACGUGGUUGUGCUUGGCCAGCCACUGCAGCUGGUGAGCGUCGCCACCGGCGCUGCGUUGGCCCUCGACACAGCGCCGAAGCUUUCGCCAAAGCCGAGCCAGUGCCUCGUGACGGCAGUGGACACGAGUCAACCUCAAAUACGGUCAACAUGGGUGAUUCAAAGGGCAAAGGACGAGAACAACAUUGCCUACACACAGCAGCUAAAGGAGGACAAUACGUUACACUACGGACAGCGCGUGCGCAUCGCCAACGAGGAUGCCCAUCCCGACGGCUUUUAUUAUCUGCAUUCCGGGGUUAAAGACAUUGGCCACUCGGGAAGCCAGCCGCUGACCGCCGCACUGAACGCAUGCAAGGACAACACUUUCGUUAUUGCAAGACCAGGCGAGAAACGCGAGGACAUCCGCGAUGGUGGCCCUGUGCGUGUUGGUGAUGAAGUCGUCCUCUUCCACGCCCCCACAAAUCGCCCAAUCCGGUGCGCCACAACGACGCAAAAGACUUCUUUUGGUUACGAGUUUGAAGUGAGCUGCUCCUUUGGCGGCGAAAACUACUCCAGGUCCCUUGGCGCGGUGACAUCGCACCCCGAAAAUCUCUUUUUGAUUGGCGCCCCAACGCGCAUGGCGCAGACAAACUCAUCGGCGGCGGCGGCGGCAGCAGCGGUGGCGACACUGAGGAGCCGCUCCGACCGCUCCGAUGCCAUGCUGAUGUCCAUGAGCUGCGGCAUGGGAUUGGAUAUCGUCAUGGCGCGUAUUCGCGAGGGGGCGCUGCGCAUUGGCGGGCGGCUGGGCUUCCGGGUCCUGGCGAAGGCGAUGGGAACCGCAUGCAACGAGCAGCGUGUCACACCAAUCAACCGUCAACAGGUACACUAUGGUGUGCGUCUCAUGGGGGUUGCGAUUCAGCCAGUAGAGAUGGAUGCUAUUUUCAAGAGAUUUGACCGCGACGGAAACGGCCUCAUAAUCGCCCAGGCCUUCCUCCGUGAGUUGCGCGGGGACAUGCCACCGAACCGUAUUGAGGCGGUCGUGAGGGCCUUCCAGAUGCUGACCAUUGAGGGCGGCGGCUCUGUUGAUUACGUGGACAUGCUGAACCUCUUCAAGUAUAAUGCGCCCCGACACCCUGAUGUGGAGGAAGGCGCCAUGAGCUGCGAGGAGGCCAUCUUUGACUUUAUCAACUGCUGGCCUGGUAUGAACAAUACCACGACGGUGACGCUGGAGGACUUUGUGGCGUACUACACGGAUAUAUCACCAGCUGUCGAGAGUGACGAGCGCUUCGUUGCGUCAGUGCAGCGGUGCUGGGUGAUUCCCGCCACAGACGAGUAUAAGACGGGCCUACCCCGCCGGUCUGUAGGAGUGGUUCACACCGACGAUACCACUGAGACGAUAUACCUCCCAGAUUCUCUGAUGAUAGAUGCCCGUGACAAGGCUGCUGUUCAAAGAAUACUCGUGCAGCAUGGCGUGAGAGAUAUCAAGGACAUGCAAGUGACAAUGUAG